CUCUUUUGCAGUGUUUGCUGGGAAGAAGAAGUACAGUCCGGAUUGGGACUUUGGAGAGGGAGGUAGCAAUCUGAAGAGAACCUUGGAAAGAAAGAAAACAAGAUCUCCAUUUGGGAAAUCCAGUUUUUCUCACUGCAACGUGAACUAACCGAUAAGACUAUCUUCCUCCUCGGACACAAUGGCUGACAAUGAGGUAUAUGAGGACCCAGAGAAGCUGAAGAGGGGUCUGGUGAAGGUUCUGGAAUGCGUGGCCACCAUCUCGCCCGCAGCAGCGGUGGUCAAUCCCAUCUUGGCGUGGCUGGAUCUCUCAUCCGGAGUGGUGCUGCACCACGUGGACCACGAGGACAUCCAGAAACUCAAGCGCGAGUUCGCAGCGUGGAAUCGAGCAAUCGACGAAAUCUCACAGCAGAACCGCCAAGCCCUGCUGCAAAUCAGGAAGGAAACGGUGGACAAACAGUACCACGAGGUGGAAGAAAACAUUCGCAAUCAGUUCCGCAAAUUCAUGGAGAUCGUGGAGGCCAAACCGGAGAACGUGCAGCGCAAGAAGGAUGAUUUCGUAGAGAGCUUCAUCAAUGAUAAAGAUGACCAGAACAUGUACACGCUUUAUGAAGGUGUGAUGGGGAAGCGCAAGCUCUUCAGUCAGCCCAUCCUAGACGUCUACAUGAAGAAGCACUCGCAGGGUGACCAGCGCGUCAUGGAAAACCUGUGCACUCGACUCGCUCACCUGUUCUGCAUCGGUUUCAUCGCUCUGAUGGGCUACUAUGGCAUCAUGGGGGAUGAUCUGCAAUCUCGAAACGAAGAGUGGGAAGAGAACAUGAGGAACGUGCAGGAGAAAAUGCAGGAGGUGCUGAGGAGAUGCAAGUGAUCGUGAAAGCUUUCUGCGCAACCCAAGCUCUUUAUUGCCUUUGCCUUUUCGUCUUACACUAAUAGACUUCAUCGACAUGCAGCUUUAUCUCCCUGAUGACUGAAGGUCAUGCUCAAGUGUACACAGUCAUUUCCUUUAGCUCUUGUUUUUUUGUUUUUAAUCGCACAAUUGCAUUUCUUCACGCCUCGCCUCCCUUUAUCACUACAUCACCGAGUUAUUUCACACUAAUCUAAAGAAUGCUGGUUGUGGUAUAAAUAUUAUUCAAGUUAAUAAGCAGUGUCAUCUUGAAAACUGACUACAUGAUGAACUACUUGUUUCAUGGAUGAAUACAUGGUAUAUUCAAAUGUAUUCUAUAAAUAAAUAUAAUUUAAGAAAC